AUGCUCCUCUCCAAGCUCUCCUCGCUCGUCGACCAGCUCGUUCGAGUCAUCCGAGAUUCCCCCGCGCACACCUUCGACCGCUGGUGGAAUGUAUCGCGGAAAUUCUUCUUCACCCUCGCCGUUGUCUCCCUGAUCUGGGCCAAAUUCUUACACAUAUAUGCUCAUCUCGACUCAUUACCACCGUCCAAAUUGCUCCUGUGGGGGCCGACCUUCCUUUUCCAGGAUGUCAUCUUCAUCCUGCUCGUCCGUCUGCUCACCCAGACCAUCCGCUGGCGACCUGGCGCCAUUCUCGCUGCCAUAUGCACUGUGCCAUUCAGUCUGCUGAUGUCUGCCAUGUCUUCUUCCGCCACCUCCUUCUACAUCGUGACCGGUGCCGAGAUCCACUGGCGACAGGUCCGGACUUUUCGCAGCGAUGCGGCUGCCGUUCGCACCCUGCUCACCGGCUUGACAGGAUUUCUGAUCGCCGAGGCCAUCAUAAUUGCUGCCUCCUGGUUCCUGGCUGCGCCCAUCCACCGAGCCACUGGCGGGGUCUUGCGGAUCUUGGGGGCGCCCUGGCGGAGGUUAGCGCAACGGAUCUGGAGCCUUCGCCGCCGGCAGUGGACGAGGAAGGCCAGUCCCAUCGAUCCCGAGAGGUAUGAACACAUUGCGGUCGAUGAUUAUCUGGACGACAAGAGCGACGACGGAGACUCGGUGUUUCUGCUCGAUCCGAUGAUGAAUCAUGAGACGCCGGUCAGACAUCGCGAGUCGCUGGUCAAACGUGUGGCCGUCUUCAUCUUCUUCGGCGCAUUUGUGCUCCUGCGGUGCCUUCGCCCCCCCAGUCCUUCGUACAUGUUCCUGUCCGGAGCGCUUCCCGUCGUUCCAUUCUCCCCAGCGCACCGCGGCGAGUCCACGAUCGAUGUCGAGGUGAUGCCGGGAGACUACCGCUGGCUGGAUGAUCGCUCUGCGCUGGAUGAGCCGCCGAGGUGGGAUUGGCUCCCGAGCGAUCCGAUCGCCGGGUUCGAGGAUUGGUAUCCGGGAUUCGAGCAACAUCAUGGACCGCAUCAUGGACCGCAUCAUGGGCCGCAUCCCGGACCGCAUCCCGGACCGCAUCAUGGCGGUCGUCCUCCCCCGCUGCAUUACAACCCGGCCAAGGAUCCGUUGCACAUCUCCAAUCUACAGAAUCCCAUGUUAGAACCCCUGAAGAAAGCACUCGCCAGCGGACACGUUCGCAUCAAACAUGUCAUCCUGCUGAAAUUGGAGAGCACCCGAGCAGAUGUUUUUCCGCUCCGCAAGGACUCGUUCAUGUGGAAUCGCAUCGCCGAUUCCCACACGAAUCACACCAUUCCCGAUGCCGUGCAGCAGAAACUGGCCAAUCUGACUCGAACAGCGGAGUAUCUCACGGGCUUUGCUUCGGGCUUUGCGCGCGACCCGGCUGCACACAAUGGCAGAAAAGCGUUCGGCGGCAUCAGCGCCCGAAAUGCGUUCACCACGGGCACCUACACGCUCAAGAGCCUUGUCGGAACCGUCUGCGGCGUUACUCCACUGGUGGCCGAUUUCAAUCGCGAGUACCAGCAUCACAUCUACCAACCGUGCAUGCCGCAUGUGCUCAACGCCCUGAACCGUCAGAUUGGCGCCGCGGAUACGACCCGGGAUUUCACCUCGUGGCCCUGGCACUCCAAGUGGAUGCAGUCCGUGACCCAGGGCUAUGACAAGCAAGACGCGUUAACUCCGCGCCUGGGUUUCAAGGACAUUCUCGCCAAGGAGCAGCUGGAAAACCCCACCGCCAAACACUAUCCAGUCAAGUCCGAGGAGAUCAACUACUAUGGAUACCCCGACACCGAGCUCCGCGAGUACUUUCGCGAUGCCAUCGACGACGCCGAGCGGGAGCACAAGCGACUGUUCAUCACCCAUCUCACCGGUACGACUCACCAUCCGUGGGGUAUGCCCAACCACCGCUACCAGCAGUUCAUGGGCCAGGAAAACAUCCAGGCCAGGGAUGAUCUCAACAAGUAUCUGAACACUGUCGGUUUUAUCGACAACUGGCUGGCGGAGAUCAUGGACAUUCUCCAGGAGAAAGGCGUUGCGGACGAGACCCUGCUCGUCAUGGCGGGGGAUCACGGAUUGUCUCUUCCGAACAACGGAGGCCUCACUCCCUACGACAAUCCGCAUAUCGGCAACUUCCAGGUUCCCAUCGUGUUUGCUCACCCCAAGCUCCCGCCCGUGGAGAUCACAUCCCCCGUGAUCUCGGACCAGAUCGUGCCGACGAUCCUGGAUCUCUUGAUUGAGACCUCUUCGCUGGAGAAAAAGGCCACCCGUGCGGCCAAGGACAUGCUGUCCAUCUACGAGGGUCAGUCGAUGAUUCGGCCCUUGAUCCCCGAGAAGAAUGGCAAGCAAGACUGGCAGUUCACCGUGAUGAACACGGGCGGUUCCUGGCUGUCGGUGCGCUCCGCCGCCAAACCCGGCUACCGGCUCGUCAUCCCCCUCAUCGAUGAUCUGGCGUGGCGGUUCACGGAUCUGGAAAAGGAUCCCAACGAACUGCACCCGAUCAAGAACUUUGACCUGACUGACCUGGCCGCCAAACUCGAAACACAGUACGGCCCAGAAGUGACCGACUGGGUCCGGGACGCAGCUCAUGUUGCCUCGUGGUGGGUGGGAGAAAACUGGCGUCGCUACCGGUAUCAUCCCAAGCCCAAGCAAUGA